AAUAUCUGGCAGCAGCGCACAGAAGAAAAAACCAGGAGCUAUGAAGCAGCUCAUUUUAGGAACCUUGAACUUAGUUCAAAAUGUUGAAUUAUGAACUACGAACCGGACUAGUUCAUUUUAAAAUGUGUAAACUGAACUUUGAACUGGUUCAUGCAGAAAGUGAACUUUCCCAACACUGUAUUUCUGUUGACGAUCCUUUUCAUCCUCAGUUAAAAACCAGUGGCAGAAUGUGAAAGCUGUAUAGUUUGUAUCUGCUGUAUGAUAAAUAUGACACGCGAGUCCUUUAUCAAAAGAAGCAGCGGGUAUCUGGAUAUCACAAGUACAAGGUUUGAAACGUGAAAGGGAACGCUACGAGUUUAUGAGGGGACUUUGAAGGCAACAUCCACCUGCCGCUCGAGCCCUCAAAUGUCUCUGCUCCUUGUUUCUGCCGUGAAACACACCUGCACGUCGUGUCUCCAAGUGAAUAAAACGUUUUUGUCCACGUCGUUGACAUCGCUGACGUUGCUUAAGCAGCUUUGUAUCAGCGUGUUACCAUGGAGACCGAGGAUUAACUAACCCGAGUCGGCUAACGUUAGAAAAGGCUGGCUGAUGUGGAAAGACACGCUGCUCACGUUUAGAAUGUAAUCACAGCCAUGUGAUUGGCUCUCCACAUGUUCAGGUCAAAGGAACAGCCAAUCACAGUGAAAAUAAUAUUUCAUACUUUUUGAAAUUUUAAAACUUUAUUACUUCAUGGUCACGGGUCACUUAAAGUUGCAGAGCUGGCUGAGCCGAGCCCCCUUUGCCCCGUGACUCCUGAGGUCGCCCUCCAGGCAGACUUUACCUACUUGGUACCAACGGUCAGCUACAGGACCACGGCUAACUGAGCUAACUGGGCUAAUUGAGCUAACAGUAGCUACAGCUACAGCAAACAGGACAGUGAGCCACAGUUGGCAGUUACUCUGCUGAAGAACUUACAAGUUACUCCUUUAAUGGAUGGAGGAGCAGAGGGAGGCGGGAGGAGGUGCAGACCUGCAGGAGAACAGAGAAGGUAUCAGGUGCAUAACAGAGGAGCUGCUGCUCAAGCUCACUGGUUGUCGGUCUGUGGCUCUCGUUCGAUCCCUCAAUCUGUCGUCUUCAACUGGAGACAAACGCAUCAAGGUCAUAGAGAACCUCCAUGGCUGUCAGCAUCUGGAAGUUUUAAAACUCAACGACAACAUGAUUGAGAGAAUGCAGAGCGUGAACAGCCUGACACAGCUGAGAGAGCUGCAGCUGGCCCACAACAACAUCCAGAGGAUCGAGGGACUGGAGCUCAUGUCCAGUCUGCAGCAUCUGAACUUGUCCUACAACAGGAUUGAGCGAAUUCCUGUGUGGUUUGGGAGGAAGCUGCACUCACUGCACACACUCCACCUGCAGCACAACCUCAUCACAUCACUGUACGAGAUGUCCCGCCUGCGCUCUCUGAGCAGCCUAUCAGAGCUGUCCGUGUCAGGAAACCCUGCCUGCUCGCUGCAGCACUCCCGCCUCUUCCUGCUGUACCACCUGAGGACUCUGGACAGGCUGGACGAUCUGUCAAUCACGCAGGAGGAGAGAGGACACGCCCACCGACGCUUCGGCACCGAGGAGCUGCAGCGUCUGCAGCAGGAGGUGGACAGCAGCCAAUGGGAGCUGAGCAGGCUGCAGGGGGAGCAGCAGGACGCAGGCGCUCAACUCCGCCAGCAGGAGGAGACAAACCGAGAACUGAUGGCUCAGGCAGAAACGCAGAGACACGCACACACAUUGCUGGAGCAAGAAUUACACACCAAGAGUCAGCUGCUGAAGAAGACGACAGCCGAGUUGACCAGAGCCUUUCACAGACUGUAUGAGCUUGAGCAGGAGUUCACUUUCUACAAGAUUGAUACCAAACUCGGCCCGCUGCCCUCCUGCAGUGUUCAGGAAGUCGACAUUAUUAUGGACUCUGAGAGUCCAUACAUCGGCAAGGCUGGACACGUCAGGGGCACCGGCACCCCCCGACACUCCUCUUCCUCCUCCUCCCUGCAGCCCCAGGAGGAUGCAGACAUCCACGCUCAAACCGAGAGGUCACGCCCCCUGCAGGAAGCCUGCAGAACAGAGCAGCUUGAAGCUGAGGCUGAGCAGCAGGCUGCUGAACGGCUGCUGACACACAAACAGCAGGAGGCGCUGUGUCGUCUGCUCAGCAAACUGUCCGUCCUGGAGCAGCUGAAAGACGAAGCUGACGAGACACGAAGACAGAUGGACAGACAGAGCGAAGAGAGCAGGAAGACAGAGAGAGAGACAGAGGAGCUGGGGACACGCCUGUUGACUCUGGAGCCCACAGACCCACAACAUGCCCAUGUGACUGCCUGGUUGUCCAGUUGCAGACAGAUGUUGGACAGGAUGAGCGGGAACAAGAGCGAGCUGGAGGAUCGCCUUGACGACAUGCUGUCACGCAUCGCCAUGGAGACGCAGGAGAUCAAAGAACUGGAGCAACAGCUGACCGAUGGUCAGAUUUUGGCUAAUGAGGCUCUUCAGAGGGAUUUGGAAGGAAUCAUCUGUGGACUUCAGGAGUAUCUGAGAGGACUCAGAGAGCAGGCUCGUCGAGCUCAGCAGCAGGUUCACAAUCUGCAGGCUGAAAAUCGGAGUCUGCAGCUCCACCUGGAGGAAGCACAGAGACACUGCAGGCAGCUGGAGGACAACUCCAGGACACGCCGACAGGACAUGUCCGUCCAGCAGGAGGAGCUGUCUGCGCUGCGGAUGGAGACCCAGGCUCUGAGAGACAGACAGGUGGAGGACAGCAGACAGCGGGCAGAGCUGGAGGCGGAGCUGCAGCAGCUGAGGGAGGAGCUAAGCCGACAGGUCACGCUGGGACAGGGUGAGAAAUCAUCUCUUCAGCAAGGAGUCCAGAGACUUCAGGCCCAGCUGGACCAAACCAGAAUCCAGAUGGACCAGAUCAGAGUUGCCUUGUUGGAUCCUGAGGAGGUUCAGGGUGAACCAGAGAAGCAGGACAAUCCUGAGGACAUGUUGUCCAGGAGCGUGGAGCAGCUGUACAGGGCGAUCCAGAAGACCAGGGCCAGCAAGAAGCAUCUCCAACUAGACCAGAACCAGGAACAGACUGCCAGAGUGCAGGCAAAGCUAGACCAGAGUCAAGACCACAUAACCAGGCUGGCAGCCCAGGUGGCCCAGGAUCAGGACCAGAUAGCUGAGCUGGAAGCCCAGGUGGCCCAGGAUCAGGACCGGAUAGCUGAGCUGGAAGCCCAGGUGGCCCAGGAUCAGGACCGGAUAGCUGAGCUGGAAGCCCAGCUGAUUUGCAGUGUGGAGAAGGACCAGAACUCAGAGUGGAGACAGAAGGCAGAGCUGGAGAGACUGAGAGUCCAACUGCAGAGGUCUCAGAGCAAAAACCAACACGUUCAACGCAAACUGGAGGCGGAGCUGGAGCAGAACCGUCUGCAGCUUCAGGACGUCCGGCAGGACAGAGACGCUCUGCGCCAGCAGGGCGACCGGCAUCAGAGGAGCCUCAGCCGCCUGAACAGGAAACUACGGCAGCUCAGCAGGUCCAUGUGUGACUCGGAACAGCUGACAGCCGAACAGCUGAGGUCAACCAUCGAACAGCUGAGAGCUCUGAACCACACGGUGGAGCUGCUGCACACACACACAGAGCAGGUCCACAGUCUGGGAUCUCAGGGGACUCAGGACUCUGGUUUGGGGCUGCAGUACCUCAGUUCUCCUGAAAGGGGGCGACAGCAGGACAGAGGGCAGGCAGGAGGAGGGUACUGGGUCUAUGUCCCCCGGACACACGGCGUCUCUGACGCAGGUACAGACACACAUGUGUUGUGGAGGGACGGUGACGGGACUCCUCCUCCUCCUGGCUCAGUUCCAACUGUCUCUGCUGGACUCUCAGACAGUCCAAUUAGUCCUGCCUGGCUGCUCCUCAGUCCUCCAGCAGGGGGCGUCGCACUGCACUGCAGCAUUCCAGAACACAAACACUCGAACGUAGACGGGUGUGUGUGUGAGAGUAUGCACAAAGAGGCUGACAGACUCGGGGAAGAGAAGAAGAAGAAGAGGAAGAAGAAGAAGAUGAAACUACAGCUGGAAACCAAACAACUGCGACGCACACUGAGACGACACCAACAUUUGAUGCAGGUGUGUGACGAAGUGGACUGUGUGGAGAAAACUCUGCUGAAGAGACGAGCUGAACUCCGACAGGCUGACAGACUGCUGCUGGAGGCUCAGAGCUGCAUAAACACCACCCAAGACAAGGCUGUUUCAGCUCAGCAGGAGGCGGAGGUGUUGCAGCAUGCGGCUCAGGACGGCACCACCUGUCUGUUGGAGGCCCUGAGAGAGCUGCAAGAGGAGGUGGAGGAGCUGAGGAGGAGCAGACAGGAGGAGGAGCAGACUCUGAGGGAGGUGGAGGAGGCUCUGGGGAGCAGACAGCAGGAGUUACACUCAGCUACAUGCAGAUUAGCUGACGUGCUGUCGGACUGUCAGGCCUCUCAGCAGCGUCUCGACUCACUCCACACUCAGGUGGAGCAGCAGGAGCUCAGGCUGGUUCAGAGGAGGGAGGAGCAUCGAACAGCCGUGGUCCGGGUGGAGGAGGUCAGAGAGGAGGAGCAGCGACUGCACAACAGCAUCAAGGAGCUGUUGGAGCAACAGGGGGCGCUGCUGAGCCAGAAAACGUCCACAGUCUCUGCUCUCAGAGAGGACGAACAGAGACUGACCACAGUGAAGUCUGAACUCAACACACGCAGAGCAGAGCUGAAACGGAUGCUUCAGGAGUUACUGGUUGAGCAGCACGCCUUGCAGGAAGUGAAAACCAAACGCUCCCAGAGUCUCCAGAGGCUCCUCAAGAGACAGCAUCAGCUGGACAGGACGCGGGACGAACUGGACAGGACGCGGGACGAACUGGACAGGACACAGGACCAACUGGACAGGACGCAGGACCAACUGGACAAGAUGAGGGGUGAGUCGGACAGCACAAGGGGUGAAAUGGACAGGAGGAAGGCGGAGCUGGAAAGGAAACAGGAGGAAGUGGACAGGAAGAAGGAGGAAUUUGACCAACUGCAGGAGGAAGUGCAGAGGAAACGGCAAGAGAUGGCUGAGCUGCAGCAGGAAGUUGAGUCCCACAGGAAGGAGGCAGACGUCUGUCUGACAGAGACGAAACAACAGCAAGCAGAACUGCAGCAGCGGCAGGAGGAGCUGAGCAGGAGCAGGGAGGAGAGGACCACCCUGCAGGAGCAGUGCAAACACCUGGAGGCCAGACGCAGGCACGCCGACAGGUGUCUGUCAGCGGUGGAGGCAGAGCUCGCUAAACAGAGGGAGGAGCUAAGCCACGCCCAGCUUCUCAAACAGGAAGUGCUCAAAGCUACAGCAGCCACUCAGCAGCAGCUUAAUGAGAACUCUGAGUUGUUGAAUCUGCUCAGUGAACGACUGGAGGUGAGGAAAAAACGUCUGCACGCUCUGGAACAGGAGCCGAGUGUUUCCAGUCAGGAGAAAUUAGAACAACUGGUGGAGCUGGACAGACAGACGCACCACAGACAGGCUGUGUGUGUUGGAUUGGAUGAAGUUGAAGCUGCAGUGCGUCAGCUCGAGGACAGGGGGCGCCGUCUGACCCAACAGGAGCUGCUGCUCAACCAGCUCAAGGACGAGCUGCGGGAGAGACAGAAACAGCUGCUCCACAAGGAGGAGGAGCUAAAACUACAAGGGGAGGGGCUACCGCAGAAAGGGGAGUGGCUAGUUCAGACAGAGGAGGAGCUUCGUGUGAAAGAGGACCAACAGCAGCAGAAAGAGGAGGACGAGUGUUUCUACCUGUCUACAGCUGGUCUGAGAUCAGCCUUCAGUGCUGAGGAGCAGUGGUGGAAGGUGGAGCUGCAGACAGAAGAACUGAGACAACAAGAGGACCGGCUGAAGGCUCGCCUGCGCUGCAGUUUGUGGAACCAGCAGGAGGCGCUGGAGGAGAGACGGCUGGAGACUGAAGACAGUUUAGUGGGACUGAAACUCAGACUGGACCAGCUGGACUCUCAGCUGUCACACUCACAAGCUGACUGAUGUUCAGUUCACCGAGCUCUUCGUGCACUGGACUCUGAUUUGUCUUAUUUUCUGAGAACAGUCGUGACCCACACUGAGUUAAAGACAGAAACUCAGUCCUUCACCUGAGAAACAAACACGUUUUCGGCCGUUGAAAGCUGAAGGAUAUGAUCGCAGUCUCCAGGACAUAUCUGAGUAUCAGAAGCUGUUCGGACGCUGUAGCCCUGCUCCACAGGCCCAUCUUUACUGGGACAACAAACUGGUUUAUGGACCUGCUGCACAGAGCGAAGUGCCUUCAGUUUUCUCCAGGACCACGUCAGAUUUCUGAUUAUUACAGUAACUCCCACGUGGCCCGAAUGCAGCAAUAAUGUUAGCAUUAGCACUACCAAAGACAUAAACCAAGUUAAUAUUCCUGAGGUCUGUGAACACAACACAAAGCACUCAAACGUCUUUCCUUCAGGAAAACCUGUAAAACAUAUUUUUUGCUGAUGCUCUGUGGAUGAUGAAGGAAGAAGCAGCUGCUCCGCCCUGCCAUGGCGUCUCUUAGAGUCUGACAUCCUGUUGUUCCAGGUGUGCUGCAUCACCUCUCUAUCCUCAUACAGUCGCUAGGCAACGGAGCACCUCAGAGCUGCAACAGCUGCUGUCGACCUGCUGGAGGAGAGGCUGACAGACAGACAGACAGACAGACAGACAGAGAGGGUGUAAAGUGGGAGGCAGCCUCCUCAGGGGGUCACACAGAACAGCCUGAAUGUUGGGCCACAUUCCAGUCAGAAACUACCAGACCUUUUUAUGCACGUUCUGACAGUCAGAGAUACCAAUUAACAAAAUGAUGAUUCAACAGGCAUCCACAAACUAAGCAAGGAAACUCUGUGUGAGGGCAGGCUGCUGCUUCAACCGUCUGUAAUCAUCAAAGCAGAGUGACAGGAAACGUGCAGCACGUGACCUCGGCGUCAAAGGACUCUGAUGGUUUAACAAGGCGCAGACGGCUGCACGUGAGGGAUGCUCUUAAGUUUCCUGUGCAAACAUGGCGGGCUGCCACUAACUCUUUGUCAACUAAUCAGCUGAAUGUUUAGUUUAGAAUUGUUAAUAAAUGUGAACAAAAGUCUU